UCGCGCCUGCUACAAAAAGAAUUCGUGACGCAAUACUGAUGUUUACAUGUGACGUGUUGAGAAGACGAUUGUGACGUCAAGGUACGAAUGAGACGGUCCUCCUCCUCUCCACCUCCCCUGAGACCGUCUCCUGGUCCGUCACUCAGAGUCCGGCAUUCGUUGAGAGUGGAACGAAGAAGCUCAGGGUCACCUCGAUACACCUGCGCGACCGUUCGUCCUCCGUCAUCUUUAUGAAAGCCUAGAAAGGUGGAAAGGGAGGACUACACAACCACUACAGCUGUCUUCAUUUUCACCAGCUUAAGUUUAAAGAGAACAAGAUGAUGUCUCAGCGAGGAGUUCGCCUUUUAACUGCUCAUGGCUUGAGAGAAUCGCUACAGAGGGCAGCCUUAUCCACAACAUGUGCCAAUCAUAAAAGCUACAAGUUAGUGGUCGUGGGUGGUGGUGCAGGUGGCUGUGCAACGGCUGCAAAAUUUUCAUCAAAGCUCGGCAAAGGACAAGUUGCCGUCAUUGAUCCUGCAAAUAUGCAUUAUUAUCAACCAAUGUGGACUCUUGUAGGGGGUGGUAUGAAGACUCUGGAAGACUCGGGCAAGCCAAUGAGUGAGGUUUUACCAAAAAAAGCAGACUGGAUUAAAGAAAAAGUUGUAAGUUUUGACCCUCACAACAACAAAGUAAUAACAAAUGAUGGCCAGGAGAUAAAUUAUGAAUAUCUUGUAGUUGCUCUUGGUAUACAGUUAAAUUUUGAUAAGAUCAAGGGUUUACUGGAUGCAUUGGAGACACCAGGAGUAUGUUCCAAUUACUCUCCCUUAUUUGUGAAAAGAACAUUCAAGAGUUUGAAAAACUUCAAGGAAGGUAAUGCAUUGUUCACCUUCCCGAAUACACCCAUUAAAUGUGCUGGGGCACCCCAGAAAAUUAUGUACAUAUCAGAAGAAUACUUCAGAAAGCAUGGGAAACGGGACAAGGCGAACAUUGUUUAUUACACAUCACUUCCAGUUUUAUUUGGUAUAAAAAAAUAUGCAGAUGCUUUGUGGGAGGUUGUAAAGGAGAGGAAUAUCACUGUGAACCUUCGUCAUAAUCUCAUUGAAGUAAUGCCAGACUCAAAGGAGGCAGUUUUCCAGAAUUUAGAUAAGCCAGAAGAGAUAUCAACUGUCAAGUACGAAAUGCUUCAUGUCACUCCACCAAUGAGUUCUCCAGAUGUUUUGCAGAAAUGUUCAGCCCUUGUUGAUGGUGCAGGUUACCUUAAAGUCAACAAAGAGACACUGCAACAUGAAACUUUUCCAAAUAUUUUUGGCAUUGGUGAUUGUACUAAUAUUCCAACUUCCAAAACUGCAGCAGCAGUAGCUGGGCAAAUUGGUGUUUUGCGGAAAAACCUAAGUAAGGUAAUGGACGGCAAAACUCCUGAUUCAGCUUAUGAUGGCUACACCUCAUGUCCAUUAGUUACUGGAUAUUCAACUUGCAUACUGGCUGAAUUUGAUAUGAAUGGAAAUCCUUUGGAAACCUUCCCUAUUAAUCAAGCAAAGGAACGCAGGACUAUGUUCCACAUGAAGAAGGAUAUAAUGCCAACCAUGUACUGGUUGGGAAUGCUGAAUGGUUACUGGGAAGGACCUAAGUAUGUACGGAAGGCAAUGCAUCUUGGAUUUUCUAAGUAAAUAUCCUGUUAUUUUUUAAGUUGUUACUUAUACUGUGAAACUUAAUAUUGUAUUCAUAUUUUUAACACACUUUUGGCAUAGUAUUUAAUGAUCAUUUUGUAUUAUAUUUCUGUAUUAAAGCUUUACUAGUGAAAGCCAAAACUCUUUUGUAACUACAAGUAAUGGUUUUGUUUAUUGGACAAGAGGAAUAAACUUAGAAAAACCUAAAAGAAGAGUUAUGAUGGUUGUCUGUACAAGAGUGUUUUAUUUAAAAGCAAAGUGCUUCAUGUCUGUGCACAGAUAAAUAAGAAAUACUAAUUCCUAUUUUUUUUUUAUUAAAAGAACCGCACAAUAUAGAGAAUUGUAUUCAGUCCAAGCUUCAACUUUGUGAUAGACCAUUUACUCUUCAAAUGAUCUUGGAGAUGUUUUUUUAGUGGAUCUUGGAUAAAAUUAUUUUUAUUUAAU